UUCAAAAAUUGUAGCAGCAGAAACGGUAAAAAAAAAAUAGAGGAAACAGCUACAAUGAACAGGCAGGUGAAGGGUAAAACCCCCCGCAGGCCUCCUCCAAAAAAGCCUUCCAGCAACCAGAAGGACCCGGUCGGGGUGUACUGCCGUGUGCGACCUCUGGGUGCGGAAGACAAGGAGUGCUGCAUUGAGGUGAUCAGCAGCUCCACCAUCCAGCUGCACGCGCCUGAAGGCUUCAAAUUAAACCGAAAUGGAGAGUACAAAGAGAUGCAGUAUUCAUUCAAAAAAGUCUUCGGAGUUUCAGUGUCUCAGAUGGAGCUGUUUGAGCAUGUUGCCAGACCUCUUGUUGAUGACCUCGUCCAUGGAAAAAAUGGUCUGCUCUUUACAUACGGAGUCACAGGAAGUGGGAAGACGUUCACCAUGACCGGCUCUCCAGGCCUGGGCGGACUUCUACCUCGCUCUCUCGACAUGAUAUUCAACAGCAUAGGACCGUACCAGGCCAAAAGAUAUGUUUUCAAGACAGAUGAUAAAAAUGGUUUGGAUGUCCAGAGUGAAGUCGACGCAUUGUUAGAGCGCCAAAGACGGGAAAACAACCUGCCCGCUCCUAAAUCUUCCUCCUCCAGACAAAAGCUUGAUCCCGAAAUAGCUGACAUGAUUAGGCCGGAGGAGGCCUGUAAAGCAGACGGUGUGGACGAGGACAGCUGCUUCGGCGUUUUCGUCUCCUACAUAGAAAUCUACAACAACUACAUCUAUGAUCUCCUCGAGGAAAACCAGGAAGACACAAUCAAGCCAAAGUGGAAUGGUGGAGGCACACCUUCACGCCAGAACACUGAGUUCAUACCACCUCAGUCUAGAAUUCUUAGAGAGGAUCAGAAUCACAACAUGUACGUGGCCGGCUGUAUGGAGGUUGAAGUCAAAUCUCCUGAGGAGGCAUUUCAAGUAUUUUGGAGAGGUCAGAAGAAGAGGAAGGUUGCGAACACCCGGCUGAACAGAGAGUCCAGCCGCUCCCACAGUGUGUUCAUCAUUAAACUGGCUCAGGCUCCUCUCGAUGCAGACGGCGACACCAUUCUCCAGGAUAAGAACCAGGUGACUCUAAGUCAGCUGUGCCUGGUGGAUUUGGCAGGAAGUGAGCGUACUGGGAGGACGCAGGCUGAGGGCACCCGGAUACGUGAAGCAGGUAACAUUAAUCAGUCUCUGCUGACUCUGCGGACGUGCAUCGAGAUACUUCGAGAGAACCAGAUGUGCGGCACAAACAGGAUGGUCCCCUACAGAGACUCUAAAGUAACCCAUCUGUUCAAGAACUACUUUGACGGAGAGGGCAAAGUCAAAAUGGUGGUCUGUGUCAAUCCCAAGGCUGACGACUACGACGAAACCUUGCUGGUGAUGCGCUUUGCAGAGAUGACCCAGGAGGUGGAAGUGGCUCGGCCAGUGGACAGGCCCAUCUGUGGCUUCACACCAGGCCGCCGUCAUAGAAACCAGGCCUUUAAAGAUGAGUUGUCUCGCAUGCUGGAGGAGCGUGGCGGUCCAGUGGACAGAGAUCUGCCCUCUGUUAUGAACCACCUGGUGCAAAGUCUCCCACCUCUACCCUCCUCGGAGCUGACCGACCCUCACGAUGACAUCACCCUGCCCAGACUAAUCGAAGCUCUGGAGAACAGACACAGGAUCAGGCAGAUGAUGGUCGUGGAAUUCAACAAAGCAGCUGACAUAAUGAAGUCUAUGCUUCAGGACCUGGACAGCAACCUUCUUUCCAAAGACGAUUAUAUUAAUCAGCAAAAUGGCAAACUAUCAGAGAAGGAUAAAAUCAUUCAAGUUAACAAGGCUGAGAUUGAACGCUUGGAGAAGAGAAACAAGAUGCAAGAUCACAAGAUUGAUAUCCUGCAGAAAACCACGAAAAUCUACGAGGACGACAAGCGUUCACUGCAGCACGAGCUAGAAACCAGAGAGCAAAGACUGAUGAGGGAGCAGUCUGAGAAGAGACGCAUGGAGCAACGCAUGAACGGCGUUGUCUCAGACACGCAGCACAAGUGGGAAAAAGAAUGUGAGAGACGUGUUAAUGCGAUGCAUGUCGAGAUGCAGAACAAGCUCUGGGUGAAAGACGAGAAGCUGAAGCAGCUUAAGGCUAUCGUAACGGACAGCAAGACACCAGGUCGCCCUGAACCUCCACCGCGUCAGACGCCGACUCAACCUCGGCCUCAGCCUCAGUCUCAACCUCGGCCUCAGCCUCAGUAUCAACAUUGGCCUCAGCCUCAGUCUCAGUCUCAACCUCGGCCUCAGCGGUCAUCCAGAGAGGAACGCCUACCUGCAAAGAGAUCGGCCUCACCCUCACCUAUCCCUACGGCAACUCCAGUACGGCCGCUGCACCGUCGUUCCCGAUCAGCUGGUGGAGAGAAAUGGGUGGACCACAAGCCCUCCUCUAACCUGGAUUUGGGAACAGUUUUGCAGCCAGUCAUCCCAAAUUCCAUCCAGGUGUCCACCCCCAGUGAGAAGACCCUAUCCAAGUGUGACAGAUAUGUGUUAACGCACCAGGAAGUCGCCUCUGAUGGCGAGAUCCAGACCAAACUUAUUAAGGGCGAGGUGAUCAAAACCAGAGGAGGGGGACAGUCUGUCCAAUUCACCGACAUUGAGACGCUGAAACAGGAGCUCGCCUCUGUCCCCAGCCGUAAGAGAAGAUCCUCCGAAGGCGUCCCUACUAAUGGAGAUCGAAUGGAUGUGGAAAACAGGUGCUCGUUGGCUUUGGAGAUGAGGGCCGGAUCAAACAUGGGUCCUGGUGUGGAGCAUCAUGGUUUCACAAAGCGCAGAAAAUGAGCUGGCGACUGCUCCACUGAUCACUUCCUGUCUAUCCUCACCUGGCUGUUGUGCAAUAGUCCUGAAUUUUUAUAUUUUGCUGUAGUGAAACUAUUUAAACAUUUUCCAUACUUUUUUAUAUAUGCAAAAGUGUGUAUAUAUACAAAGGUCACCAAAGCCAUUUUUAAAAAAUAUUUUAUAUAUUGUGUUUGAACCUAAAAAGUGUUAUUUGAGUCGGUCGAGGUUGGUGGCAAAUACUUAGUUACUGUAGCCCUGGUGCUGGAAAGGUCUGUUUGUGUGUGUCUGUGUAAGGUAGUCACAUUUAUUUGGCACAUGUGGAAGUCAUUCAUCAUUGUAUGUAAAAAAAGAAAAAGUUGCUGUAAUAUUGGUUUGAUCUACUUUAUACUAUCUGCUUGCUGGAUUAAUACUGAGCUUCAUGUUGAGACU